AUGGAGGCCAUGCCAGACGACGACGCUGCUCCUGAGACUGGCCCUGACGAGCCACCUUUACCGGUGAAACCCACCGCGCCGUCCGAGACGGAGAAAGCAUCCGUUGGCCCCCGCUCUGGGCUCGAUUUUCUUAGAGCUACGGCUGCUCCCGUCACACCAGAACCGCCUAGGUCCAUCGUUCAUGACUCAGCCGCUAUAGUAACCCCUGCUCCUUCAGAUUCUCCUCGUCCUGUCGCGUUCACUCUCCCCCCGGCUGUUGCUGGCUGUAGCAAAGAUCCCCCACCGCCCUCGCCCAGUCCCACUCCAAGCACGGUGCGGGUGUCCCUUGGCCCGCCGUCGGCGUCUUCCACUCCCAAGCGUGCGCGAUCUGGGAAGUAUUCGCAGAGUACUUUGGUGGUGGGAGGCCGUCGUAUUCCACCGCUUGAAAAGCCGGCUGAGCCUCCACAGAAAGAAGCUGAACUGCCGGAGGAAGGUGACAUCCCGGUGCGGGCGGAAACCGGAUCGCCCGCACUCACGAAGGCGCAGAUGCGAGAGCAGAUGUACCUGGAGGCGAGUAUAAAUUACGACACGAAGUGGGCGGGAUACUUCUCAUGGCUGGUGUUUGGGAAAACCAAGGACGGCUUUCCCUACGUGAAGUGCAGCAUCUGCAUGUCGUACGGGAAGGGGAACACGAGGUAUGCCAUGCAAGGUGACGAUGGAGGCCGUGACUUGCAGACGCAGUCGUUCCGGGCACACGAGCAUACGGACGCACACAAGGCGGCGGUGGACCGGCAGAUGAAGAUUGCGGCGGGAAUCCGCGAGGGGCAGCAGGUGAUUUCGGACUUCAUCAACUCCGACGUCGAGGGCCGCCGCGCGAUUCGACUGAUGCGGUCGACUCAAUUCCUGUGCCAGUGCGACGCGCCGAUUAGCAUGUUUCCAAGGCUGAUGCGGCAUCUUGCGGAGCAGGACACGCCAGACAUUCCCCGGCAGUCUGAGGCGUUGGCUGUGAAGGACGCCGCGGAGUCAAACCCGGAUCUCGGCAUGGUCGACAAGGUGGUGCGCACCGUCGCGACGCUGCUUGGAAACUCCAGCGUGUGGAGUCAGCGGUUCAAGUACCUGCAGCGUGUGAUUUACAAGACCAACCUGGAAGUCCAAGGGAUCCACACGGUGCGGUGGCUGUCUCGAGGAGAUGCGGUGGGCAGGCUUUGCAAGGUCCUCGGCGCUUGCAUCGUGCUGCUCUGGGAGCACAAUCACAAGGCGUACAAGAUUGUGACAUGCUACAAGUUUCAUUUCUGCUUGUUUUUCUUGGCCGACAUCUUGGCGGACAUGAACGACCUCAACCGCUGCUUCCAGAGACGUGAGCUGGACGUGACUAAGAUUGCGAAGACGAUCGAGUCUACCACGGGUGACCUGACGGAGCGCUACUUGACGCCAGAGAAAGCUUUCGGGGGCGAAGGGAAGAGCUGGCUGGUUAACUUCCUCAAAGUCCACAAGGAGGGUGGAGGCAAGCAGGUCCGGGUGCGAGGCGUGGACGGUGCUGGACGCCCUAUCAACCACCUGUACACCAUGCAUGAGCGGAAGCUGAAGGGGCACAAACACGGAAGCACCUACGCAGACUGCGUGAAGCUGUGCCGAAACUUCGCCCGUGACUGCGUGGACAACCUCAACGACCGGCUGGAUGACCUUGGGAAGCUGGGGCCGACGAAGCUGUUCCGGGCGGGGAAGUGGCCGAAGAUCAAAGCCCAGCGAGAGAAGAAGUGUAAGGAGUGGCUGAACGGAUGCAGCAGGCUGUUCCGCAACAAGCUGCCGGGAUUCGACCUCAAAGCAGCCGAGAGCGUUCAGCGCGAUCAUGGAGACACACCAUGA